AUGCCGCCGCCCGGCCGCCCGCCAGCCCGCCCAGCUCCUCCUCCUCCUCCUCCUCCUGGCCCGCCCGGCCCGGCUCGGCUCCGGAGCCUCCAACUCCCCCUCCCGCCCCUCCCCAAGGCUCCGCCGCCCCCUCCGGACAGCUGCAGCCACAGCGCCCCGGGCGGCCUGGGGGGGCACUGCAGUUGGGGCGGCCCGGGCCCGAGCGGGGUGCGCAGCUGGCCCGGGCCGGAUAGUGCGGCCCGCGCAGAGGGCGGGAGAUUCAGGGCCGCCCGCGGUUCCGUCCCGUUUGGACAAAGGACUUUCGGUGUCGCCGUCUCAUCUCCGUUCCCCGAGGCUGCUGAAUAAUGAGGGAUCGUUGCUGGCCUACUCCGGUUAUGGGGACACAGAUGCCCGGGUCACCGCGGCCAUCGCCAGUAACAUCUGGGCCGCAUACGAUAGGAACGGGAACCAAGCGUUUAAUGAAGACAGUCUCAAAUUUAUCCUCAUGGACUGCAUGGUAUGAAGUAAAGUAGGCUGACCUCGAACUUACAAUGAUCAUUGUGCUUCUGCCUUCUGAAUACUGAAUUUGCAUGUGUUCACAGUCGCACCUUGCCAAAUAAAACGUAGAUAUUAAAAAAGGAAGUGAGAGUAGGGUGCAGGCCUAUGUAAGGGUCAAUCUCAGCGAAAAGGAGACAUUUGUUAAAAGAUCUGGAAGACGAUUGGAAAGGGUAAGAGCCAUGAAGAGAUCUUUUGGAAAAAUAUUUCUAGCAGUGCUGGCUAUGGUGGCUUAUUCCUCUAGACUAGUACACAAGAGACUGAGGCAGGAUCUCUUUUUUUUUUUUUUUUUUUUUAUAAGCUCUUUUUUUUUUUUUUUUAAAGAUUUAUUUUAUUUAUAUGAGUACACUGUAGCUGUCUUCAGACACACCAGAAGAGGGCAUCGGAUCCCAUUACAGAUGGUUGUGAGCCACCAUGUGGUUGCUGGGAAUUGAACUCAGGACCUCUGGAAGAGCAGUCAGUGCUCUUAACCACUGAGCCAUCUCUCUAGCCCCGAGGCAGGAUCUCUUUGAGUGUUUAUUUUCUUUUUCUUUUUUGGUUUUGUUUUUUUUUUUUGGUUUUUUUUUUUGAGACAGGGCUUCUCUACGCAGCCCUGGUUAUCCUGGAAGUCUGUAAAAUCAGGGGGACCUCAAAAUCUGAAAUCUGCUAGCCUCUGCCUCUCAAGUACUGGGACUAAAGGCGUGCACCACCAACGACCAGCCGUUGCACGUAUUUCCGACAACAGUUGUUGCAAAGGACCUAGGGCAGAGUGAUGCCAGGACAAAGAUCAGUAAGGAUGGAGUGUCAUAGAAUGGAGAAAAGUUAUUAGGAGAUAGCACUAAAGAGGCCUGUGGGCUUCCCAGUCCUCUGAAGAAUGAUAGUGUGCAGAGCACUGCUGUUCUCUGGCUGCCCAUUCUUUACACCCCUCUUACCCACUGCUGGACUCCUACCGGGUGCUGGGUCUAGGGCUGGUGCCAUUGAACAGAAGCUUCAAAGGCAUUCACUGCAGCCCAGCUAUAAGAAAUGCAUUUUAAUGGACAGAUGGUGGAGCUCAGUGGUAGAGCAGUAGCUUAGAAUGUAUGGGAUUCUAGAAUCUAUUCCUAGAAACACAAUUUGUGUUUUUGAGUCAGAGCCUAGCACACACACUAAAGCAAGUUCCGUGAAGCAUCACUUCUCUUAAUAAAUGAGCCAUUUUAUUUUUACUUUCAAA